AUGUUACCAUAGGCACUAAAAGGCCAACACCAAAUAUGUAAUAUGCUGAGUAAUCAUGUAAUUGAGAGACUUCUUAGACGUACAUUAAAUUUAUGUCAAUGACCUCACAGUAAUGGCUGAAGGAUAUAUAACCACAGACCACGAUGAGUUGACCACUAGCCUGAGGCUAAAAGACUUUAAAGAGAUUGACAGCUUUGAUCCAGCCUUUAUAAAGUGUUUCUGGGAUAAACGAGACUCAAUUCACAAAAAUUAUCUAAAGAAGGUGAUGGCAGUACCUCUAGGAGAUUUGGCAUCGCUCCAAGAACGCUUCCAGAAAAUAUUCUGGGGAGGAGUGCCAUUUAGUGAGCAAUCAACUGUAGCAUUUAGUGUUGUCGUCAUCAACGGAGGUCCGACUUCUUUUAUCACAACAGUGAGCAAUAGAGGAAUCCAUGCUGAGAUUGGUUUCAUCAGACAAGCUAAUCUACUGGAAGAGAUACAAGACAAUAUUAAAAUCACUAUCAAUCUCUCAAAGAGCCCAUGCUUCACAUGUAGAGAAGAUUUGGAAGAUUUCCUCGAGUCUCUAACAAAAAGAGGAGCAACGGUUUCAUUUACACUCCGCAUAGCAAAUCUGUACUGCGGAGAUGGGGGAGGUAAAGAUGAAAUUAUUGAAGAUUUGGCAUCUUGGCUUUAUCAUUUAAACAGAGAAAAAAUAGUGGAUCACCUUGGUAUUCAGAACAUUUCGGUUGUCACUGAAAUGCCUGAUUAUAGUCCUCGAAGAGUCAGUAUUGAUGAGUGGGAACAAAUACAGGGGAAGAGAAGAGACAAAGACACGAUAAUAUAUGCUAUAGUAGAUAAAAUAGUGGCCACAGUUGAUGAACGAGCUAUUGCUCAAACACCAGUGAAUAUUAGGCCGCUAUUUACCACUUUGACGGAAGUGAAAGAAACACUGAAACCUGCGGAACUUAAGAGAACAUUCAUCGAAAGUAGUUGUGCAACAAGCAAUGUGUAUGUGGCAGUGGCACAAGUGCAAAUAAACGCUGUAAAUACAGUAGGUAGGAGUAAGGAAAAAGUUUUAAAAGCGUUUGAAAAGCAUGGUGAAGGAUGUUGUCAUACAAUACCAGAUAUCGAAACUGAGAUAAAUACUGAGAUAAAUCAAUUUGUAAAACCGGAGAGUUGGAGUACACAGAGUUCGACUAUUGCAUUAGCUGUGACACACUUCCCAUGCAAUGACUGCUUAGUAAGAAUCACCAACGAGAUUACACUCAUAUUACGUGUAGCUAACGUUCCUUAUGAAAAGGUUACUGUCGACCGGCUGUUUGAGCGUUACCAAGCAGGAAUCACAAUACAACUCCACGCAAUCCGAGUAAUGGUGGAACUAGGCCAAGUUAAUUGCAUACUAGUACUACAAGCAGAGCAACGACAGUGGACGAUUGAAAAGCAACAACAGUGGAGGAUUGCUAAGCAGCGAGAGUGGAGUAGUGCUAAGCAAAAUAGGCAACAAUCAGAUGUUGCCGCAGUAGAAAAUGUCAGAUUGAUUAAUAAUGAACUAUCAGAGAGAAUAAUUGAAGAGAGAGUAAUUGAGGAAGAAUGCGAACGAUUAAGAUGCAUCUGCAUAUCUUAAUAGUUGACAUAAUAGCUAAUUAGUUCUUUAUAUAACAAUGUAGGAUGUAUCACUAGAACAAUGUAAUAGCUAUACUGCUAGUGUUAUUUAAUGUUCGGAAUAGCUUUAUAAUUAUUUUAGAUCCCA